UUCUUUUGUUUUCAUUGAUUUGAAACCAAACAUGGCGACCAUUGAGCCAGAGGCGGGCGUUGGAUCUGGAGCAAGUACCGAGGUUGCAGAUGGUGAUGCUGCAUUCAGAGAACUGCCUGCCAGUAUGGACACUGAAUCCUCCAAUGGCAAAGAAGGAAUGGACACAGCCGGUGAAGGCUCUGAGGCGGCAGAUACAGUUACCGGGUCUGGGGAUGAGGAGAGUGGCAGACAGCUGGGCGAAGUGGAGCUCCAGUGUGCCCUGUGCAUGAAGUGGUUCACUGCAGAUACGUUUGGCAUCGACACCGCGACUUGUCUUCCCUUUAUGACUAAUUAUGUCUUCCAUUGCAAUGCAUGUCACCAUAGUGGCAACACAUACUUCUUAAGAAAACAAGCAAAUUUAAAGGAAAUGUGCCUCACAGCACUGGCUAACCUUACCUGGCGUUCCAGGACACAGGAUGAACACCCAAAGACGAUGUUCUCCAAGGACAAGGAUAUCAUACCGUUCAUUGACAAGUACUGGGAAUGUAUGACAACUCGCCAGAGGCCGGGAAAAUUAACAUGGCCUAACAACAUUGUGAAGACAAUGAGCAAAGAGCGAGAUGUUUUCCUUGUAAAAGAACACCCUGACCCUGGCAGCAAAGACACAGAAGAAGAGUACCCCAAAUUUGGCCUUUUGGACCAGGAUCUCGGUAACAUUGGUCCUUCAUAUGAUACGCAGAAACAGACCACAGCACCUCCCACUACUGCUGGACUAAAUGGUGGAUCUUCUUUCUCAGGUGCAUUGGCUGCAGGUCCUGGAAAAGGACGAGGAGCCAAACGCAAACAGCAGCAGCAAGAAGGGACUGCUGCAGGAGCAACUAAGCGGACCAGAAGUGACCCUUUGUUUUCAGCCCAGCGGCUCCCACCUCACGGUUAUCCUCUUGAACACCCCUUUAAUAAGGAUGGCUAUCGCUACAUCCUUGCAGAACCAGACCCCCAUGCCCCUGAUCCUGAAAAAUUGGAGCUCGACUGCUGGGCUGGGAAGCCUAUUCCGGGUGAUCUCUACAGGGCCUGUCUCUAUGAAAGGGUGCUGUUAGCUUUACAUGAUAGAGCACCGCAGCUUAAGAUCUCUGAUGACCGGCUAACUGUGACUGGAGAGAAGGGCUACUCGAUGGUGCGAGCUUCUCAUGGGGUGCGAAAAGGGGCCUGGUUCUUUGAGGUCACUGUUGACGACAUGCCUCCAGAGACUGCUGCGAGGCUAGGGUGGUCACAGCCUCUUGGUAACUUACAGGCACCUUUAGGUUAUGAUAAGUUCAGCUAUUCAUGGCGUAGCAAGAAGGGCACUCGCUUUCACCAGUCUAUAGGAAAGCACUAUUCCUCAGGAUAUGGCCAAGGAGAUACUCUGGGUUUCUACAUUGAGCUGCCAGAUGAAACUGAAACUGCAAAAGCUCUUCCUGACACAUACAAGGACAAGGCACUAAUCAAGUUCAAGAGUUACUUGUAUUUUGAAGAAAAAGACUAUGUGGAUAAAGCAGAAAAAAACCUCAAGGCAACAAGCCCCAGUAAGAUGAUAUUUUACAAAAAUGGGGCAAGUCAAGGAGUGGCGUUUGAAAGCUUAUUUGAAGGAAUCUACUAUCCAGCCAUUUCAUUGUACAAGAGCUGCACGGUGUCAGUCAAUUUUGGGCCUCACUUCAAACACCCUCCCAAAGAUCUAAAGUACCAGCCGAUGAGUGACAUGGGCUGGGGGGCUGUGAUAGAGCACACUCUAGCUGAUAUGUUAUACCACGUGGAGACAGAUGUAGAUGGCAGGCGUAGUCCUCCCUGGGAAGGAUGAUCAUUUUCCACAAAAUCCCCAUCAGGAUAAUUCCAGCAUGACACCCAUCAGUUUGUUUUUUUUAAGUUUUCCAGUUCCAUGUACAAAACAGAGCUGUGUGCUGUGCUGCGAAAAUGUUUGGCAGAAUACAUCAUAAUGCCUAGCCACUGAUUGAGCAUAAAUAUUGUAUUGUAAUGUGUAGUCCACUUGCAUUUAAUAAUUUAGCACAUUCUCAGUUUUGUGUGUUUUUUUUUUUAAUCAGUGUUGGUUUUGUGUGUGUGUGUUUUUUUACUAUUAAGUUUUUGUUUGCUCUGAAAUCAAUAAAAUGUAUGUCUUGUCCGUG